UGUUCGUCUUAACCUGCGUCAGUGCGAAGGGGUCAAUCACUGGAUUAGCACCUCGCCUGGCUGUUACAUCAGUUUAUUACAUGUUUUUUGUCAUUUUUCACUACUCUUUGCAGCUCAUUUUUCAGUCUUCGAAGGAUGUUUAGCGUCUGUCAUUUAAUUACUGGAGUGGAAUACUGUAUCUCCACAUGGGGCCCUGGGACUGAGUCUGCCUCUUCACUCGGACACUGAAUGAAGCAUCUUCCAAGGGGGGAAGAAGAGCAGGGGCAGCCGGACAAGUAAAGUGCAGCUGGGCCAAGAUCUUGCCUGCUGUGGCAGAGUCUGAGACUCUGGGCAAGUCAUCCUCAUGCCACUUAUAAAUAAUAAAGUAGGCGAUGAUAGCACGGUCAACACAGACAAAGCUGUGACUGAUGGGAAGGCUCUGGUGGAGUCCCUGGUAAAGGUGGUGGCAUGUUACCGGCAUCUGGCCUCAUGUGUCGGUAGCUGCACGGACAGUUUACAGCUCCGAGAUGAGUUACGGCAAACACGAGAAAAGGCCCAAAAACUGUCCGGGGCCGCCUGUCAAUACCUCACCCAACACCUGCGGGACAAGAGCCUGCCUGAAGAUGAGCGCAAGGAGAUGGAGCUCCUCUGGGUGGCCUUCUCCUCCAGCCUGGAGCUCCUUCAUAUUGACAUGUGCAAGGUUUUCAACAUAGGUGACAUUUUCUCCCUGGCCGACAGUGGCUCAUUGGUUCAAACUGGACUACAAGGAGGAGGGACUGAAGUAGCAGCUCGAGCGCUCAGCAUGCCAGACCUGAACCAGGCCGAGGCCCCCACCCUCCCUGAAGGCCUUGAGAGCCAGGAGCGGAACACCAUGGAGCAGGAGAUCACCCAAAUCGAUCACAUGAUCGACGACAUGGAGAUGAAAGUGAACGUCCUGCGUUGGAUGGUGGAGCCCAAAGGACCACAGUACGCCGAACCACUCAACAGCACCGACAGCAUGGCCCUGCUGACCAUGGACGAGGAGCAGCCUGGACACCAGCCUCAAAACCAGCGCGGGUUCAUCUUUGUGACCUUAUUACUGGGGAUUGUGUUUGCAGUGCUGGUGUUAUCAAUCUGUGUUGUCUUUUUAUCAUAAGCAAAACCUUAAUACACAUUUUCCAUAAAAACCUCAACAAUUUUCUCAACAUCGCAAACAAUAUUACUGUAAAAAAAAUAAAUAAAUAAAUAAAAGGCAAGUUUUGGAAGUAGAACCUGUACAUACUUGUAAUAUUAAGAGUUUUGUUUUGUGAUAGGAGCUAAAUUUAUAGUGCAUGAGAUUCUUAAUCUAAAAAUACAGCAAAAUAAAUCUCGAGGCGAACUAGCUUGCCGUUUAUUGCAGUGAAUCCAAAGCUGCCAUAUGUUCUAAACUACCUUUGUUACACAAAGUGACAGUAAAAACAUACAUUGCCAGAUAGGCCAGAUCUAGUGGAAUAACACGGAUAUGGCAGUAAAUGUUAGUUAGUUCAUGAUUUUACAACUGUAAAAAAGACAACACAUUCUUUUUUUUCCCCUUUGCUCCUAUAUUUUCCUAGCUCAACUGUGACACAUUGAGUCACUGAUUUUACAAAAAUCAAUUUAUUCCAUUUAAAUUUCAUAGACACUGAUGCUUUAUAGCAGUUAAUUGAUGCUGUAAUAAGCUGAAUAUUGACAUAAAACCGAUGAAAAAUUACUUAUUGCAUACAAUCAUUGCUGUAAAGAAGUAAAACUGUAUAGAUAUGCACUUUAAAAAUGUCAAUUUUGAUACGAAAAUGUGUUGGAUCCCCAUUUUUCAUAACUGACACCUCAGUUUACUUCACUAACUUAUAUUUUAUUAACAAAAUUAAUAUAUAGAACAAAAGAGGGUGUGUGAAAUUCAGUAAGGCUUGCAUGGGUUAUAAGAUAAAUGACAAUAUGCAAAAAAUAUUAUGGCAACAAAAUGACACAUAAUAUUACUGAGCAGAUUUAAAGUAGUAAAAUAAUAAUAAAAAAUAAAAAUAAAAUAAAAAGUAUUUGUAAAAGCUGAUCAAAUGUAGUCAAUGGCCAGUAAAUAUUUAACAUGAAAGAUAGAUUAAAUAUUUAUCCGAAAAAUAUAAUUUUUAUUUUAAUAUUUCACAAAAAACUUAAUUUAGAUUAAUACUUGGAUAUUUAUAUUUUCAACCAGCUCAAAUUCUAGAUAUUUAGAUAGAUUUAUUUUAAUAAAUUAUAAUCCUUUUGAGAAACUGACACAUUUUAUCCCCACUCUACUCAAUAGCAUCUUGACAAGAUAAGUGGCAUAGAUUGUUCAUCAAAAUAUCAUUGAAAUUUUUGUUGACUUAUGAAAUAUUAUUUCAACAAAGCAACAACAUGAAGUGGAAAUUUAAAGUAUGUAAUGUUCCACGGACAAACCACAAUAAUGAUGCUGUCAAUCAUCAUAUUGGACCCUCUGUUAGUCUGUUUGAUGUAUUUACCACCAUUUCAAAAUUUCUGUUUAUUCUGCUGUGUUUUGGAAUCAGCCUAAAUAUAAAAGCAGAAACAACUCAGUUUUUUUCAGCUCUUCUCAUUCGCUGCACUGUUCAUGAUGUGUGCAGUUCUGUCUGAGAUAUAACUAUCUGAGCACUGUGUCCUCAUUUUGUUUUGAACUUUCUGAUACAGCUUGACAAAGGUGUGGGUGUGUUUCUGUAUGUUUUAGAACAAUACUGCGGUGAAAGAAUAUGGGAAUCAGGCUUCCUCCAUCUCUCAUUGAAUAGAGGAAGCCAAGUUACAUACAUUACCUUUAAAAACAAAAGUAUGAGUGAGUAUUAUUUAAGAUUUAACCUUGAUUUGCUUUAUUACUUUUAACCUGGGAGGUGCGUAUGACAGGGCUACAUGAAAGUAGGAAAUAUUACUGUAUGUACUUCAAAAUGCAUGUACAUGACCUUAACUAUACGCUUUCAAAAGCAGAUCAAUAAACAAUUAUAUG